GAGUGAUUCUAUAUUAUAAAAUCAAAUAUAAGCUAUAAGUACUGAACUUAGAACAUAAAGUAGUACUCUACGUUCUAAGUAACUGAACAAAACAAGGAGACAAAGGUUAUCUUGUUUUUAAGUCAAUCUUCUAAUGGUUUCCCGCCUUUUUGUUGAAUCAUAUACUAUUGAUACAGAAGAUAUUUUAUUUUCAUUAUUGUCAGUGCCAAUCAUAGUUUUUAGCAAAAGUUUCAUUAAUAUAAUAAGCGAUACAUUACUUUGAAAUGGGAUAAGAACAGGGAACAACUAUUCAUGUAAAAAUAUUGAUGUACUGAAGCAAAACAAACCAAAUAUAAAAUGGCUUUAUUACACAGCCUGGAAAUUUGUGGAAUUAGAAACUUCAACCCAGAUAAUAAGCAAACUGUGUUUUUCCAAACGCCAGUUGUGCUGUUUCAAGGUCCUAAUGGUUCAGGAAAAACGACAAUUCUGGAAUCUAUUAAGUAUGCACUAACUGGUGAUCUACCUGUUGGUACUAAUGGUGGAAAAGGUUUUAUUCAUGAUCCAAAAAUGUCAAAUAAGAAUUCAACAAAAGGCAGUAUCAAAAUUAAAUUUACUGAUGCAGAAAAAAAUACAUUAACAAUAUCAAGGGUACUACAAGUUUCCCAAACUGCAGCAGGUACUCUUCAAUUCAAGAAAGUAAAUGAUUCUAUUAGAAAAAGAAGUAAAGAUGAUCCUGAUCAGGUACAAGAUAUUUCUUGCCGGUGUGCUGAUAUUGAUGCAUAUUGUUGUACUGCUCUAAAUGUAUCAAAAUCAAUUUUCAACAAUGUUCUUUUCUGUCACCAAGAGAAUUCUUUAUGGCCACUUGAUGAACCCAAAAAACUCAAAGAAAAAUUUGAUGACAUAUUUGAAGCUACCAAAUAUAAGAAAUGUGUCGAAAGGUUACGAAAAACUAUUAAAGAGAAAGAGACUCAUUUAAAAACUGGAAUAAAAGAUACAUUGAAGGCAAAAAAAGAAAUUAAGGAUCAUGUUGAUUUUCAACGUUCCAAACUGGAAGAUAAAAAAGAAAAACUUAAUGAAGUCAAGAAAUUGAUUGAACAAAGUGAAAAUGAAUUGAAACCCCUGGAAGACAGAAUGAAAAAGAUUUUAGAUUUAGAGGAAUCACUAGGUGCCCUUCAACGAAAGCUAACCGCUAAAGAAGAAGAAAAGAAAGGCCUAAUCAAUCAGCAAGAGACACUUCGCAAAGAAAUAUCAGAUAUUUUUGUUGGAACUGAUAAGGAACUAGAUUCUAAAAUAAACACUUUCAAAGAUGAACAGUCUUCUGAAGAAAUUAUUAUUAGAAAAUUAGAAAGAAAUGUUCAAGAUAUCAAUAAACAACUAGAAAAUGAAAGUCUUAGUAUCCAGACUAAACAAGUUAAAAUUGGUCAAAUGAAAGAAGAACAAAACCAGUAUAAAAAGAAGUUGGAAGAAAUUCGGGGCCUUAUAGAUAAACUCAGGAUUGAGUUAGAUAUUGAAGAUUUUGGGGAUCAAGAAAUUUUACUUGGAGAACUUACAAAUGCUAUAAAAUCACAGGAAAAUAAAUUUAAUCAACUGCAAAAAGAAAAUGAUGUUGAAGAAAAUGAAUUGCAAAAACAAAUUGAUAAGUUACGUGAAGAGAAUGCCAAGUCUGAACAAUUAAUUGAUUCCAAAACUACUUCCACACAUGAAUGUAAAAAUAAACUUGAACAGAUCAAAUACAAGUUGGAGGAGCUUGAUACAUCAGAUUCUCAACUCAAAAAUAUUACAGACAAAAUUGAAAGUUUGCAAUCUACUCUUACAAAACUGAAAAGUUCUUUCAGCGAAAAUGAAAAAUUACAAGAGAUACAAGAAUUAAAAGAUUUGAUAGAUAAUAAAGAACAAUAUCGAGAAAAGUUAGAAAGGGAAUACACAGUGUUACAAAGGAAUUAUGCAACUGAACAAAAAAUAGAGAGUGAAAAAUCUUUAGUCCUUAAUAAACAGAGUCAAAUAAAGAAGAUUCAAUCGAAGCAUUCUCAAAAUCUAACUAAGUUAUUUGGUGAUGAUAUUCCAAAAAAUAACUUGAAAAAUUCUGUUAUGAAUAUUCAAAAUAAUCAAGAUAUAGAAUAUAAUAAACACACAAAAACUGUUAAUAAGCUGGAGAAAGAACUGAUCAAUUUAGAAACAACUUUGGAUAUUAACAAAUCCAUGCUUAAAACUCAUCAACAAGAAUUAUCAACAAAUAAACGAAAACUUAUGGAAUUGUGUAAAGGAAAAGACUUCCUUGAGACUUUAAAUGAGAGCUAUAAAAAGAAGGAAAAACUGCAGACAGCCAGAGGGCAAUAUUCGGCUGCCAAAAUUAUGUAUGAAGCAUUUGUAGGAAAACUGGAGUCAGAAAAAUGUUGCCCAGUAUGUAAAACCAAUUUUAAAAAUAAUUUACCGGCUUUGCCAGAUAUAAUUCAAGACUUGAAAGGAAAAAUUCAUAAAAUUCCAUCUGAUCUGAUGCAAGUUGAAUUAGAGUUUAAAAAGGAAGAAGAAUAUCAUAACGAACUACAAAGGAUGAAUAAUGUUAAUGAUGAAAUAGAAACAUUGACACAUACUAAGAUACCCAAAUUGGAACAAGAGAUUAGUUCACUUACUGAACAAUUUGAAGAGAAAUCUAUGGAGUUGGCUGCUGAAAAGCAUAGUUUAGAGAAACCACAUCAACUAAUUGAAAUAUGUAAGAAUCUAAUAACAGACGCCACACUUUUUGAUCAAUAUCAGAUUGACAUUUCAAGAGCCAACGACAGUAUUAAAGAUAUGGAAGAAAGCAUUGAAAAAGUCCCUUCAAAUCGUUCCAGACAAGAAAAUGAAAUGGAAUUAGAUGCUGUAAAAGCAGAACUCAGUAAUACAAAACGUAGAUAUGACACCAGUAAAAACAUGCUGGAACAACAUAGAGAUAGGUGUCAGGAUCUUAAUAAGAAAAUACAAACCGAGGUUCAAAAACAAAUUGAUAUUCAAAAAUUGGUUCAGGAGAAACCUUUAUUGGAAAUUCAAAAUAAAGAAUAUAACGAAAAAUUAACAAGAUUGCGAUCAGAAAUAGAAGACUUGAGAUUAAAUCUUGUAUCCCAGAAAAAAGAACUCAAAGACAGUAUUGAAAAUAAAAAUAAUGUAAACAAAAAAAAUAUACAACUUGAAGAGAAGGCCAGAACUAAGCUUAAUUCUAAUCAGAAUUCGUUAAGUGACAUUUUCAAAUUACAAAAAAUUAUAAGAGACUAUGAAAGACUAAAAAAUUCUGAAAAAUUGGCCAAAGGCAUCGAAGAAUUAGCAGAACUAAAAGUAAUCGUUAGCAAUUUAGAGAAAAAUAAAACUGAGAUCCUAGAUUCUAUUAGCCAAAAGAAGGAAUCGUUAGCUAAAAGAGAAAGUUUCUUUCGGGCUUUGAAAGAUAAUGUGACACUGAGAGAGAUAUCAAGAAAAGAAAAAUUAGUUGAAACUACCAUCCAAGAAAUUAAGCAAAAAAUUGGGGGGUUCAAUUAUCGUCAAGUUUUUGAGGAAAAACAAAAAAAAAUUGAAGAAAUAAAUAAAAAACAAAGAGAAAUAAACACUCUCAAUGGUCAAAUGGAAGAAAUAGUGCAUGUGACUGAUGAAUUGGAAGAGAUAUUAAGAAAACCGGAAUAUAGAACUGCUAAUAUUAAUUAUAAAAAAACUUAUUAUAAUUAUACUCUCAAUGUGCUCGCUUUAGAUGAUUUGAAAAAAUAUGCUGAUAUUCUAGAACGAUCUGUACUGAAGUUUCAUGAAGAACGAAUGAUUCAGAUCAAUAGAAUGAUUAAAAGUUUAUGGAGGACUAUUUAUAGGGGCAAUGAUAUCGACUACAUUGAAAUAAAAACAGAUGAAAGUACAACAUCAGGAGUUGGUAGACGUAGGACUUAUCAAUACAAGGUUGUUCAGGUGAAAAAUAAUAUAGAGCUUGACAUGCGGGGACGCUGUAGUGCCGGUCAAAAGGUUCUUGCUUGUUUAGUGAUCCGUUUGGCACUAGCUGAAACAUUUAGUUCUCAUUGUGGAAUUUUGGCCUUAGAUGAACCGACAACAAAUCUUGACAAAGCGAAUAUAUCGAGCUUGAGUGAUGCCCUUUCUGAACUUAUAAACAGUAGGGAAAACCAAUCAAAUUUCCAAUUGUUGAUUAUCACACACGAUGAAGAAUUCUUGAGGAGUCUCACUCAAGUACAAAACAUAGACAGUUACUGGCAGGUAAAACGCAACGCUGGUGGUAGUUCUGUUGUAGAGAGACAAAUCCUGUGAUUAAAUUUAGCAAGUUUUGUAGUUCUAUACAUUUAUAAUUUUUUAGAUAUUAUUUGAUAAUUUCCAAUUUGUUUUCUCUAUAACAAUAAAAUUAUUUCUAUUAUCA